CCUCGGUACUGUGCCUCGUCGCCAAGCCCACCUGGCUUCCCCUCCCUCCCCCCACCUCUCCCUCCUUCACCAUUUUUCCCUCUCUGCGGUUCUGAGAUUCUCCGAUCUGACAGUCCGUCUCUCUUUCCAUAAAUGACCGUGAUGAAUCCUCCGGCGUUAGACCAAGGGGACGAGGAGAUGCUGGUCCCGCAUUCGAAUUUAGUUGAGGGUCCUCAGCCUAUGGAAGUCCUGGCUCAAGUGGACCCUGCAACUACAGUGGAGAAUCAGCAAGUGGAGGAUCCACCAUCUUUGAAAUUCACGUGGACAAUUGAGAAUUUCUCUAGGUUGAAUACUAAGAAGCACUACUCUGAGGUUUUUGUCGUUGGCGGUUAUAAAUGGAGGAUACUUGUUUUUCCAAAAGGGAACAAUGUGGACCACUUAUCGAUGUAUUUGGAUGUUGCUGAUUCUGCCACAUUGCCAUAUGGCUGGAGUAGAUAUGCACAAUUCAGCUUGGGUGUGCUUAAUCAGGUUCACAGCAAGUACUCAAUGAGAAAGGAGACACAACACCAGUUCAAUGCGAGGGAGAGCGACUGGGGUUUCACAUCGUUCAUGCCUCUCAGUGAUCUUUAUGACCCAAGUAGGGGUUACCUUGUAAAUGAUAGUUGUAUUGUUGAAGCUGAGGUUGCUGUCCGUAAGAUUCUGGAUUACUGGUCAUAUGACUCAAAGAAGGAGACUGGUUAUGUUGGACUGAAGAACCAAGGUGCAACAUGUUACAUGAACUCUCUGCUUCAGACGCUCUACCAUAUUCCUUACUUUAGAAAGGCUGUGUACCAUAUGCCAACAACUGAAAAUGAUAUUCCCUCUGGUAGUAUUCCUUUGGCAUUACAGAGUUUAUUCUACAAGCUUCAAUAUAAUGACAGCAGUGUGGCAACUAAAGAAUUGACCAAGUCUUUUGGUUGGGAUACAUAUGAUUCUUUCAUGCAACAUGAUGUCCAAGAACUCAAUAGAGUCUUGUGUGAAAAACUUGAAGACAAAAUGAAGGGUACUGUUGUGGAGGGGACAAUACAACAAUUAUUUGAAGGACACCACAUGAAUUACAUUGAAUGCAUCAACGUGGACUACAAAUCUACAAGAAAGGAAUCCUUUUAUGACCUCCAGCUUGAUGUCAAAGGCUGUCGGGAUGUUUAUGAUUCUUUUGACAAGUAUGUGGAAGUUGAACGUCUUGAAGGCGAUAACAAAUACCAUGCUGAAGAACAUGGUUUGCAGGAUGCUAAGAAGGGUGUCUUGUUUAUUGACUUUCCCCCAGUUCUUCAACUUCAGCUUAAGCGGUUUGAAUAUGAUUUCAUGAGGGACACUAUGGUAAAGAUAAACGACCGGUAUGAAUUUCCUCUUCAACUUGACCUUGAUAGGGAGAAUGGAAAAUAUCUAUCACCUGAAGCUGAUAGGAGCGUUCGCAACCUAUACACACUUCAUAGUGUCUUGGUCCAUAGCGGUGGGGUGCAUGGUGGACAUUACUAUGCUUUUAUCAGGCCAACAUUCUCAGAUCAGUGGUUAAAAUUUGAUGAUGAGCGGGUGACAAAAGAGGAUGUAAAAAGGGCAUUGGAGGAGCAAUAUGGUGGUGAGGAAGAGUUGCCACCAACCAAUCCUGGCUUCAAUAAUACUCCCUUUAAAUUCACAAAAUAUUCAAAUGCUUACAUGCUUGUGUAUAUACGCGAAAGUGAGAAGGACAAAAUAAUUUGUAAUGUUGAUGAGAAGGAUAUAGCUGAGCACCUGAGGAUAAGGUUGAAGAAAGAACAAGAAGAGAAGGAAGACAAGAGAAAAUAUAAAGCACAGGCCCACUUGUAUACUAUUAUAAAGGUUGCUCGAGAUGAAGAUCUUUCCAGACAGAUUGGAAAGGAUAUGUAUUUUGACCUUGUGGAUCAUGAAAAAGUUCAUAGUUUCCGUAUUCAGAAACAAACACCCUUUAAUCUUUUCAAGGAGGAGGUUGCCAAAGAGUUUGGCAUACCAGUACAAUUUCAGCGGUUUUGGAUUUGGGCAAAGCGGCAAAACCAUACGUAUCGUCCCAAUCGACCUUUGAACCCUCAGGAGGAAACACAAUCGGUUGGACACUUGAGGGAGGUAUCAAAUAAGACACAUAAUGCAGAAUUAAAAUUGUUUUUGGAAGUAGAGCUUGGACUGGAUCUGCGACCUAUUACCCCUCCUGACAAAGCUAAAGAAGAUAUUCUUCUUUUCUUCAAGUUUUAUGACCCUGAAAAAGGAGAACUGCGAUAUGUUGGUAGGCUUUUUGUAAAGAGUUCAGGUAAGCCCAUAGAAAUACUAGAUAAACUUAACCAAAUGGCUGGAUUCACUCCUGAAGAGGAGAUAGAACUUUAUGAGGAAAUAAAGUUUGAGCCCUGUGUCAUGUGUGAGCACCUUGAUAAGAAGACCUCAUUUCGACAAAGUCAGAUUGAAGACGGGGACAUUAUCUGCUUCCAGAAGUCUCCUCAACCUGGAAGUGAUGAAGAAUUCCGAUAUCCAGAUGUUCCAUCUUUUUUGGAAUAUGUGCACAAUCGCCAGGUAGUUCAUUUCCGAUCUUUGGAGAGACCAAAAGAGGAUGACUUUUGUCUAGAAUUGUCGAAGAUAAAUAGUUAUGACCAGGUUGUGGAAAAAGUUGCACAGCGAAUUGGUUUGGAUGAUCCAUCCAAAAUCAGACUCACAUCUCACAACUGCUAUUCUCAGCAACCUAAGCCCCAACCUAUCAAAUAUCAAGGAGUAGAGCAUUUGUCAGACAUGCUGGUCCAUUACAAUCAGCAGACCUCAGAUAUAUUGUACUAUGAAGUGUUGGACAUCCCUCUGCCGGAAUUGCAAGGUCUUAAAAAUCUGAAAGUUGCUUGUCAUCAUGCUACCAAGGAUGAAGUGGUAAUUCACAAUAUUAGGUUGCCUAAACAGAGCACUGUUGGAGAUGUGCUUAAUGUAUUGAGAACAAAGAUAGAGUUGUCACAUCCAAAUGCAGAAGUUAGACUGCUUGAAGUUUUCUAUCACAAGAUCUAUAAGAUCUUUCCAUUCAAUGAAAAGAUCGAGAAUAUAAAUGACCAGUACUGGACAUUGCGUGCAGAGGAGGUACCAGAAGAGGAGAAAAACCUUGGCCCCCAAGAUCGUUUGAUUCAUGUUUAUCACUUCACCAAAGAGACUUCGCAAAACCAAAUGCAAGUACAAAAUUUUGGGGAACCUUUUUUCUUGGUGAUACAUGAAGGAGAGACAUUAGCAGAAGUUAAAGUGCGAAUCCAAAAGAAAUUGCAGGUUCAAGAUGAGGAGUUUUUAAAGUGGAAGUUUGCCUUCUUGUCACUGGGUCGUCCAGAGUACCUGCAGGACUCUGAUGUUGUAUCCAGCCGUUUCCAGAGAAGAGAUGUUUAUGGAGCUUGGGAGCAGUACCUCGGAUUGGAACACUCUGAUAAUACCCCAAAGAGGCCUUAUGCUGUAAAUCAGAACCGUCACACAUUUGAGAAGCCAGUUAAAAUAUACAACUAGGUUAGAGCUGAUGAUCCUCCACCAGAACAUGGGCUGUACGAGCAUCCUUAAAAUGCCACAAUGGCUAUAUUUGGGAAUGGAGGUGAUGAGAAUUAGCCCUUACAGUUGAAGGAUAAUAGUGAAGCUCACAUUGAGUUUAUUUACAUGGGUUUGACUAUUGGUUUGUAGGCUGUAGUAUUCUUUCCCUACGUGGGUGGGCCACGCCGGGGAAGGGGGAGAGGUUUCCUCCUCUCCUCGUAGCUAUAUUAUAUUGAUGCACCUUGCUUGUGCUUUCCCCUGUUCACUCUCUUUAUAUAAAGUCACCUCCUUUUGAGAGGUCGGUGGCUUUUCAGAUACAGCUCCAGUGUAAUUUAGCGGUACAUAAAGAAGAUUUUGACAAGGAGAUGUAUAUUGGGUACGGUGGGUUUUUUGUUUGACAGUCAUUCUUUUUCCUAUAUGCCAUUUUUCUUCUCUUUUUUUUUGGGUUUUCCGCCACUUUGUUGGGGGGUAAAAGUUUUUGUAAAUUGUUGGUUGAGUCGAAACCAACACGCUGGUUGUAGGAACGUGUAAGAGAAUUGUACUGCCUUUCAACACCCGUCUUUAGUUGAUCUAUAAAUAUCGUUUGCCCA